AUUUUUAACGCUUACACACGAAUUCCAAUGACAUCAGAAAUCAUUUGUGAUGAGACUAAGUAUGAAGUAAUGUGAGAACAUAACGGAUUGGUAGAAGAAAUUCAUUAAAGAGAUCUUAUUACACCAAGGAAAACGAGAGGACCCAACCUAAUUCCACGUAAACACAUUUAUGAAUAUUGUUAAACUACGAGUGUCACCGUUGUACGGUCCAGGAUUGAAAUAUGUUUAAAAAACUGAAAAAUAAGCUCGCCGAGGAGGUGAAACAAUCGCCAUCGAGGCUACAGGCGAGCAUGCAGCAAUUGGCACAGGCUGUUGUUUCACCAGCACCUUCAAACAGUUCCGUUCAAGAUCUCUCUACCUCUAAUGACAACUUUAGCUUGACUGAUGAAGGUGACACAACUCCAAAAAAUAGUCCAGCCCGACAUGGUUUUCAAAAUGUAGAUUUAACAUCGUCAACAUCAAUUUCUAUGGGGCUUUCAAGAAGAUCCUCUAUUAGCAGUAUUGCAAGUGACGCAUCUUCUCUAUUUCCUAUGUACGAAAGUCCUGGAAGUAUGUUUCAUCUUCAGUCCGAUAUGGAACAAUCAGCCAGUGAAGCAGAUGAGAAUAUAAGUCCUCAAUUGGAUAAUGUAACUAAGGAUCAGGUGUACUCUGCAUACAGAAAGAUGCAGAGCAAAUAUCAUAAAUAUCGUGGUCGGUAUUCCGACCUGGCCAAUCAUUAUCAAGAAAUGGAAAGAGUUAAAGCCAAGCUAGAGUCCGUAUUAGUGGAAACACAGGAUAAGGCUGUACGAAAAAUCCGAGAACUUAAAGAACAAUGUGAACUCGAGCAAAAGGCAAAGGCACACCUGGAGGAGGCACUCAGGUACGACAUCGAGGAAAAGGAUCAUAUCAUAAGUACGUUAAACACUAAGGUAAGACUUCUGCAAUCCAAUGGUACCAGUGUCGAAAACUUAACUGCUCCAGAGGCUGGAGAUCAGAAUCAGAUGCAAAAACAAAAUCAAAAUCCAGAACUCCUUAUAGAUUUAUCAAAUGAGCAAUCGAUAACGUCCAAUAACUCUUCUGCUUUGGAGAUAGAAAACGGCGAGUUGAAGGAGAAGGUAAAAAAACUGGAGACUCUAGUAAUGAAGUGCAAAGAAUCCUUAAAGAGAAGUAAAGAGAAAAUUGCCGAAGUUACCCAAGAGAGAGAUAUUCUAGAUCGAGAUUUGGAGAUACUGAAAAAUUCAAAUACAGAAAGAUUCAAAUCACUAGAGGGUGAUUUGAAUGCAGCCCGGGAUGAAAUUCUUAAGUUGAGGGACCAAAUAGUCAUUCUCAAAACACGUGAGGAAGAAUCCGCUAUCUCCUUGGCAGAGAACAAACUCACAAUUCAUCGUGAACUAGAAAUCAGGGAAGAGCAAAUCAAGCAACUUCGUAUGGACUUAAAACAGACAACUGAGUUAAAGGAUAAUCUGAAUGAGACAAUGGAGAGAUACAGAAUUGAAUUAGAGAGAUUGAAAUUGAUACACGACAAUCACAACUUCGAUGCUGAGAAAAAUGAUCUCAUUCAAAAUCUCUCAAAAGGUAAAUCCGAGGCUUUGAAACUAAUGCAGGAAGAAAUGCAGCAGAAGGUAAUUGAUCUGGAGAAGACAAUGGGUAAUAACUGUAAUGAGCAAAUCGAGAUCAAUAAGAAAUUAAGUGAAAAGAUUGAGAACUUAGAGAAGGAAUUAGAAGCUGCCAGAACCGCCCAGGUUCAGGAAGAUGUGAAUCAGCUGAAAACACUAAAACAGAGUUUGGAAGCGAAAGAAGCUCAGUUGGAGCAACUCCAAGAGAAGUUUAGUGAAGUUGAAACAAGAUUCCAAGAAGAGAAAUCAGAAAGGGCCAAAAUACAAGUUGAAUUUUCGGAUUUGAAUAGCCGUUACGAGGAAUUAAAGGCAGAGAAAAUCGUUCAAAAGGACAAGUUCAAGGAGGAGACAGAAGUUGCUAAGAAUAAUUUAUUAACCGAAAUUGAGAAGUUAAAUAAAACCAUUGCCGAACGGGAUCAGACCUGCCAACAAUUGAAUAUAAGGAUUCAAGAGUACACGAGUAGCUUGGAAAAAGCUAUGCAAAAAUUAAAAGCCCAGGAUGCUGAAAUAAAAUCAUUAAAAAAUCAACCAAGGGAUGAUGCUGAAAUAGAAAAGUUACGCGAUGACUUGGAGAAUAAAGAAGUUGAAUUGCUUGGUUUAACGAGUGAAUUGAAAUCUUCCAAAAUGAUGAUUAACGACCUUAAGGAAAAGCUGAAGAGUGAAGGUUCCAGGAUAGAUCUUAUUAACAAAGAGAAGGUCUGUUUGAUAUCCAAUAUCUUGGAAUACCACAAAGUUAUCAGAUCCUUAAAACAGGAUUGUGCCACUCUUAAGAGCAACUUAACAGAAUGUUCUGUGCAGCAAAGGAACGAGAUUUCCGUUCUUAAUCAGAGUCUCUGUGAAGCUAUGGUUACAGAAAGGAACAACUUUGAACGAUCUACGAAUGAAUUCUUCAAGGAUCGUUUGUCUGUGUUGAAAGAAAAAAAUUCUAAGCUGAACAAGGAGUUGGCAGAUCUUCAAUCAAAGCACCAGGAGCUGAUCUCUGUUGAAAGUGAACGUUUAGCUCUUUCCACUCAGUUGAAAACUAUGAACAGUAAAGUAGCUAGUUUGGCUACCUUAGAAAAAGACAAUGCUCAUCUUCGCCAUCAGCUGGAACAGUUAAGCGACAAGGUGAAGCAGUUGGAUGAUCUUUCAGCAAAAUGUAAGGAACUGGAAGGAGAACUGAAGAAAAGUACACAGCUCAAGUCCAACUUGGAAAAGGAGUUGAAGGAGCGCUUGCUUGAGAUUACCGAAAUGAAGAUUAAAGUGGACACUUUUGAAGAAAUGCAAGCAAGAACCAAUAAACUUGUUGCCGAACUGGAUAAUCUUCAAUUCAAACAGUUCGAUAUCGAAGAGAUGCGUCGCGAUAAGGAAUCCACCUUAGCACAAUUGAAGAGUGUUAAGAAGGACCUGCAUAGCAUGAAUAGAACGGCACAAGAGAAUCAUCAUCUUCAGCAGGAACUUCAAGAAUUAAAGAAUAAGAAUCAAUACUUGGAAACUCUGAAAGUGGAACUUGAGGAAAUGAGAAAGAAAAAUGACGAAGCCAAAGGCAUCAUUGAAUCCUUAAACUUUAAUUUUCAGGAUCACGAUAUUCUUCUGAAGGAAAAAGAAAAUUUGAAGAGUACCCUUGCGACAUUGACUAGUGAGAUUGGCAGAAAGGAUAAAGAGAUCGAAAUAAGAAAUGAAGAACUAGACGAAUUUAGAAAAUUUAUAGAUCAACUGACAAAAAAGAUGAAUAAAAUGGAAGCUGAUUAUUUAAAGCGUGACGAGGAACAAAUUCAUUUGCUGAAUGAGUUGAGACAACAGAAUCAAUAUCUUCAAGACAAUCUAAACAGUCAAAAUGAUAUGAUGAAGAAAUUGAAGUAUUUAGAGGAACAGCAAAUAAGAACAAUAGAAGAAUCGAAUAAGGAACUUGAGGAAGUCAAAUCAAGAAAUUUAGAAAUUCUAGGACAAUUGGAGAUGUCUGAGAAUUGUCGAAACGAGACACUAAAACUAAAAUUAGAUGAAAUUGUUGCACUCACAGAGAAGAAUACCGAACUAUCCAAGGAAGUUGAUGAACUAAGAACGAAGAGCGCUGAAGUGGAAACUAUGAAAAGCAAACAUGUGGAGUGCCUUAAUGAAUUAGAACAAUUGCGUCUUAAGAAUGAAGAACUACUCGCAGAAAACAAAGAACUAAAAGACUCCAAGAACGAGCUAGUAAAGUCUAUUGAAAUGCUACAAAGUACAGAGAAGAUUCUUAAUGAGAAGAUCAUGGACCUGGAGAACAAGGUUGCUCAUCAUCUAAAUGAGAUUACUAAUCUUCAUGAAGAAAUUGAACUUCGAAGCUCCAAUUUUGAAAGUGUGAACAAAACAAAGAUUGACUUGGAGUCACAACUAGAAGCCAUGAAGACCCGUUUGUUAAGUUUGGAAAUAGCUGAAGUAGAGAAUAAUAAAUUUAAGUUAGAAUUGAGUCGUCUGACUGAUGUUGAUACUAAGAAUACUUUAUUGUCCUCCAAGAUAUCUGGUCUGGAAGCAGAAAAUAUGAAUCUGUUGUCUGAAGUCGAACGCCUAAAAGUUCUAAUGGAAGAGAAGGCAGCAGAAUUGAAGUUACUCGAUGCAAGAAAUGGAGAGCUUUUAAGAGAAAUAGAAAAAUCGAAUACUUCAACCUCGGAGACUAUAGAAGAUCGAUGCAUAGAGAUACAAGAAUUAAAGAAUAAACUGAAGAUUCUAGAAGAACAACUUGAAAUGACUCAAACUGUAAUGAAGAAUGUAGAGAAUGAAAACAGUAAAAUGCGUGAAGAGUUAUUGACAGUGAAACAACAAGAAUUCAGUGAAGAAAUUUUAGCUGAUAACAAAAAGUUGAAAGAAGAGAAAAAGCAAUUAGAAGUUCAGUUGGAUGAGGCCCUUAUCACUUUUCAAGCUAAAGAAAUCCAGAUGGAAAUUGUCAAUAGUGAAUUGAAAGCCAGGACUGAUAAACUUGAAGAAGAAUUAAAGGUCAGUGAAGAGGAACAAAGUAUGAGACUAAAACAAUUGGUUAAGGAGUUUCAGACGCAGCUGCAUGAAAAAGAUGAACAAAUUCAGGCUGCAAUGGAGAAGAGAUUUGAUCGACAGCAAAAUUAUGAAUCAGAUCUAAUUCAACAAUAUAAGGAACAGCUAAAGGAUUUUCAAGUGGAAUUAACUGCAAAGUCUGAGCAGAUAGAGGAUCUUAUAUUACAGAACAAAAGUUCAAUAGCUGAAAAACAGAAUGACAUGGAUUCUCUCUCAGACACUUUAGCAAAAAUAAACAAGGAACAUUCAGAGGAGGUACGCGAGGUGGAGAAAAAAUGGAAAACCAUAUUGCAACAAAAACUGGAACAAUUAGAAAUUAAACACGCUGAAGAAUUGAAUGCUUUGACACACGAAUGGAGGAAUGAACGAAGACCAUCCCCCACAUCUAGCUCCUCUUCACAGACCGACAUAAAAUCCGCAGCAUCCGUCGAGGAAUUGGAAAGUACCUCUCGUGUGGCCAUGGCUGCGGUUCAGUCGAACACUGGGUCUCUUCACACUCUUCAGCAGACCUUAGUGUCCCAGAGACGAGAACUAGCCGAGCUGCGUAAAAUAGUAAAACUUCGCCACGACGCCCUAGAAGAUUCUACAGAAAUUGAAUACCUGAGGAAUAUUCUUUUUGAGUACAUGAUGGGCCGGGAAACAAUGGUGCUUGCCAAAGUGAUAGCAGCAGUCGUAAAGUUCGACCAGGAACAAACUAUUAAAAUCCUCAAGAAGGAAGAGGAUAAAUUAACAUUGCUGGGAUCGCUUGGCCUAUCGUAGCAUAAAUUCUAGAGAAUCAUUGCAUUUCAAAGUUCUAUACACUGUAGGUAGGCUACGAAUAUUUCAUUGAUCGGGGUAUUACUCGCAGGGCACUGUAAAAGGACACAAUCUGUAUGAUAUAAUGUACAUUAUUAUGGCGCGCAUUUGUGUAUAAUUGAAACGACUUGUAUGCACUGCAAUCAAGAAAUGGCCAGCUUAAAAUUUCUUUAAGAUUAGCUAAUAUUAUUCUAAUAUAUUCAUAUGCAAUUUUGUAUUAAUGCUAUUUUGCUGACUUCUUCAAUGCAAUAAGUAAUAAUAUCGUCAUCAAUAGAAUAUUCUGUUAAUGAAUUUUUAUUCCAAUUUAUAUUCACCUGAUAAAGUGAUCAACCGUUUGUAUUUGAUUAAGAUAAAAAAUGCAAGUUGUGCAAUUUAUUUACAAAUAAUUCAGUUUAAGAAAAAUAUUCUUAAUGAUAGACAAGUAUCGGUUUUACGUAGUUUCCAUUCAUACGUAUAGUAAACACCUCACUAUUUACGAAUAAUGUAAAUUAAAUAUGAUUUUACAUAUGGUCACACAAGUAAAUACAUCAAGAGAUUGAGAUAACCUAUUAUUCGUACUAUUGAAAAAUAAAAUAAAGAAAUAUAGAUAUUAGAGGAUAAAGUUCGAAAAAAUUCUGUAGAUCAAUAUAAGGCCGUGAAAUUCGUAUUGUACGAAAUAAACUAUUUACAGUUAAGAAAUGUA